CAGGCUUUACCCCCCUCCCUCCUCUCUCCCCAGUGAAUGCUGAGCAGUGCUGGGAGCUGUGCCUGUUUUUUGUGCUUCUGGAGAUGCUGCAUGGGUCUGAGGGGAGGGGAAGCAGAUGGUGGGGAUCAGACCACCCCCUCGACGCCACCACCCUCCCCCCAGUGCUGCAAUCUGGACAGGGUCAGCCCCAACUCUCAUCUCUGCGCCGCAGCUGCUCCAUCACCUGCCUGCAGCUGCUUCAGGGCUGUGCGGGGGCCAUCCUGCAGGCUGGGGAGGGGUUGGGGCUGCCCUCCUCAGUACCCCAGAGCCACGGCGAUGGGCACGGAAGGUCCUGGCAUGUCCUCACCUGCGUCCUCCCCAACCUCAUUGCUCCCCAUACCCACCCCACAUGUCGAUGCUGGGGGGGCCGUCUUACAGCUGCAUCAGCCCCAGCCCGGCCCUGCCUGCGGGCGCUGUGGGUUCGGCGCUGGGGAGGGCGGGCACAAGGCAGCAGCUUUGUGCCAGGAGCUGAGGGUGGAGGGGCAGGAGGGAUGGAGCUGUCAGCUGAUGGAGCUGGCAAUGCGCUGGGGUCGUGCAGGGACGCGGCUGCUCACCGCCUGCCCCAUGCGGCCGAGGGGAAGGGGUCACCCCACAGCCUCCUCCCCGUGACCGCAUGGCUCUGCUGGGGGGAUGCGCUGUCCUUGUCUGCAACCGGGGAAGUGCUCCGUGCCGUGUGCCUGCGCUGCGCCUGACGGUGUUCCUUCUCCACCCCCAGGUCAAUGACUUCUUAUCGGGCCGUUCCCCGCUCACCUUGGCGCUGCGUGUGGGCGACCAUAUGAUGUUCGUGCAGCUCCAGCUGGCGGCCCAGCAGAGCAGCGGGCAGCUCCAGCACCGGCACGUCAUCGCCAGCCGCGGCGAGGCGGGGGCCACCAACAGCCCCCACUGUCGGACCCUGCAUGGCAGCGCCGGCUCCGGCUUUGCCCGCAUCCCCGUGGUGCCCGCCUGCCCGCAGAGCCCAGCUCCCAGCCCCACACCCGCCACGCCGGCCCCCCCUGUGUACUGUAACGCCCCCCACCCCGCUCCUGUCACCGCUGGGAUGUUCCGGUCGCACGGGGCCAGCGCGCAGACGGUGAACAGCAGCGUGGUGUCCUCAUGCUCAGAGGUGGACUGCAGUAUGCGUGGCGGCUCCUCGCCCAGCAGCAGCCCUGCCCCGAGCGCCCGCUCCCGCAAACCCGGGGCCGUCAUUGAGAGCUUCGUCAACCACGCGCCUGGGGUCUUCUCAGGGACCUUCUCCGGCACUUUGCACCCCAACUGCCAGGACAGCAGCGGGCGGCCGCGACGGGACAUCGGCACCAUCCUGCAGAUCCUCAACGACCUCCUCAGCGCCACGCGACACUACCAGGGCAUGCCGCAGUCCCUGGCACAGCUCCGCUGCCAGACACAGUUCUCCUCAUCCUCCUCCUCACCGCCUGCAUCCCCGGACCUCACCGCCAAAACUACCUCAGAGCCGCUGCCCGCGGCCGCAGCGUCCGCUCCUCUGCACCCCGUCGUCCAGUGCCAAAGCCAGAUCCGGAUGUGCAAGCCCAGUGGGGAUCGCUUGCGGCAGACGGAGAACCGUGCGACGCGCUGCAAAGUGGAGCGGCUGCAGCUGCUGAUGCAGCAGAAAAGGCUGCGCAGGAAGGCCAGGAGGGACGCCAGGGCUCCGUACCAUUGGCUGCCCAACCGCAAAUCCUCCCGCACCAACAGCAACAGCAGCGUCUCCAGCGAGGGCAGCCUGGAUCUGGACUUCGAGGACUCGGUCUGGAAGCCGGAGGUCAAAGCGGACAUCAAGUCCGAAUUUGUCGUAGCAUAGAGCCGGGCUGCGGCCGCGGACUCGUGGCGGUGGGGGA